AUGCCGUUAGAAGAAAAAACAAAAGAUAAGAUAAUACAAUGCGCCGUAGAAGUGGCUAACGCUAAUUUUAAUGUCAGAAAACACACUGUUUUAUUGUCAAAUGAAGUUGAAGAUCAAGUGUCAAACAAAUUCUUGAAAUCAUUUAAAGGUACAGUUAUUAUAGAGACGAAGAGAGACGAUGCACCGCCGAUACAUGUAGUGGUUGUGAUAGAAUCUUACAUCUCUUUCAUAAGGAUUCUAAACGUCAUGAAGCCAGAUCUAAAAGGCAAGACCGUUCUGACCAGUGGAGCUAAGUUUUUAAUCAUCUUACUCAAUCCAGUGAAACUUGAAAGGAUCACCGACAUAAUGUGGAGUUUUAACGCUGUUAAUAUCGUCAUCAUUACAAGAGAUGAUGAUAAAAUCGGUCUAUACACGUACUAUCCGUAUCGCAAUCACACGCACUGCCAUGAAACGCAACCUGUUCUCAUUCGGCAUUGGAAUAAAAACUCAUCUCUGAAAUUCAAUGCUUUCCCUAACAAGAUGAAGAACAUGCACAAAUGUCCCCUUUACGUAUCCACAAAUAAGCUGUAUCAUCCCACUACAGAAAAACUGGUUCCUUUGCAAAUGAUUAAAAAGACAAUCGUAAAGCUGCUGAGGGAUCAAAUGAACUUCACUCCAAUGAUUUUAAUGAGCGAUUACGUCAGCAUAGACUCUGAUCGCGCCAAGAACUGGUCGGAUUCCCUAAAUGACGUCAUCUCUGGGCUUGCGAAUAUCUCAACCUGCAGUAUUCCUCUUGGAGUAGACAGGUUGGGGCUUCUAGACUAUUCGAUGCCGUAUUUUCGAGUUCGCCUCGCAUGGCUAGCCCCGCCUAUAGUCCCCGGGCCAGUGUGGUGGAGUUUAUUCACACCUUUGAACAGUUAUCUAUGGCUGGUAUUACUCUGUAUCGUGUUUUUUGUAACUUCUCUGCCAUUUACGCUGAAGUUUCGCAGAGUGAAAAAGUUCUGCUACAAACAUUUUAAGAACGUUCACAAAAUACAAGGCGCUGCUUUCAGAACGUGGGGAGUAAUGCUGGGACAACCUAUCCGUGUGGCUCCUAGACGUUUCAGAGAUUUCUACAUCAUCAGCCUAUGGAUAUGGUUUACUUUCGUAGUCAGGAGUGCUUACCAGAGCGUUUUGAUUGGCGCCUUGAAAACUGAUCCUAUCGUAGGUAACUUCGCCAAUUUAAAGGAGACUGUUGAUUACGGAUACAAAUUCGGAGGGCGAGGUGGAAUACUGACUCAUUUUGAAUACGAUCCCUUCAUAAGCGAGCAUUUUGAGGUCAUACCAGAAGCUAGUUUCGAGCAAGUGUUCACCGAUAUCGUUGAAGGUCGGAAGGAGUUUGUUUUGGCUACGUCUGUUGAAUACGCAUGGGCAAAUUGCUUGGCAAAGGGUAAGAAAGAGCACGAAUGUGGACAUGUCCUCCCAGACUCGAUACUAACAGUGCCUCUCGUAAUUUGGAUGAAGAUGAGUUCUCCGUUCAUCCUGCCACUCUCCAUCUGGCUUCCAAGAUUCAUUGAGAGCGGUUUGCUGGAUCGCGAAGCAUCGAAAAAGCCCUACAGUUCGUUGACUAAACUGUCUCCCGAUCCUACACCCUUGACAGACCACCAGAUUCUGAGUUGCAUGCUCUGCCUCCUGAUUGGCUAUGCCGUAUCCGUGGCAGUGUUUGUUAUGGAGAUGUUGAGGCCCAAAACCGCGGUCAUUAAGCGGCAUAUUGUGGUCAAGCGCACGUUAAUAGCCGACAAAAUCGUUGGAAAUCGUAAUCACAGGUUUGUUCACUAA